UCGAGAACCAAUCAAAUGUACGGUUGGAAUCAAACCGGGGACCAAAUUAUUGUUUUGCAUAGCAACAUUUACGCAUAAGGAUACUUUCAGUUUGCAUAAACACAUAAUUUGCGCAUAAAUCAACAUCUCAAAUGUCUUUCUUUGGCUUGAGCCAACUCGGUUACCAAAAUGCAAUCAGAGAGGGAUCGGCCAGAGCAAAGGCUGAUCCUCAGCGCUCGAAAACACAACUCGGUUUCAUUGCUCUGCCACCAUUGACAGAUUCUAAUCCUCCAAGACGGUCCAUUGUUCCAGUGGACCAGGUGUCGUCAUACGGCCCAGGACCUAGAGACUCAUAUGUAGAGUUCACAAGAAUGCGGACAAAGCACAUUAGAAACCCAAGAGAAACAUAUCAGUUAUACAACUACCCUGUGACCAAUAGCCACUGCUAUGGCUGGUGGACUCACAAGGAACCCCUGAGACACAAUAUGCCAUGGGCUCAUGUGCCCAGACAAGUGAAAAUCAACAGUGAAAUGACCAGAUUUGUGGACCAAAUGGCACUCACUAACAGAGAAUUCACCCUUUUCUAAGUGUUCCAAAAACAAUCUCAUAAUCAAAAACUUUCAGUAUUACUAGAUCUUUAUAUUUCUUUUUCAUGUUCUCCGUUAUGAAAAUGUGUGUGUAAAUGUUUUAUUGUUAUUGUUUGUUGCAUAAUAUGUUGAAAUAUUCACAUACAUAAAUUGGCUUUUUUCCCAAUAAAAUUGUUGACACCCUUCAA